GUUUGCAGAGCCCGGUCCCUCGCACUCUUGCUCGUUUCUCCCCCGCUUCUCUAUCUGUGCAUCAGUGAGGGAAAGAGAGAACUACCAUUCUCGCAUCUCGAAGAAAUGGCUGUAUUGAUAUCUACGACCACUCUCCCUGCAGCUACGACCAAGCUGAGCUCGAAAGGUUUCAGCAAUAGCAUCAUACAAGAAAAACCAAUCACAGAAAGUCGUAUUUUCACAGGCUUGAGUUUAGAGAUAAACAAAAAACAUAGCAAGAAAGUUUCAUUGGUUAAUUUAGCAGUAAAGCAUAACCAAACAACGAUUGAAACAACUCAGAAAGUUAGUGGGAGAUUUACGCCAAGAAAAUUAGGUAGAAACCCGGUUUUGAGUGAGGGAAGGGAUGAGGAUGAGAACUAUGGGCCUAUUUGUCCUGGUUGUGGGGUCUUUAUGCAAGAUAAGGACCCAAACCUUCCUGGGUAUUAUAUAAAAAGGAGUGUGACAGUCGCAGAGCUGUCAGAGGGUGAGGAAGGCAUGGUGAGUGAGUUAGGGUUUGAAGAUGAAGAAGAGGAGGAGGGGUUUGUGAAUGACAUUGAGGGUGAAUUUGAUGAGAGUGAUGAGGGGGAAGGUGAUUUGGAAACGGAGGAUGAGUUUGAUUGGGAUUCCGAUGAAUUGGAAGCUAAGUUAAUGGAGGAAGAGGAAGAGGAAAAGUUGGAUUUGGAUGGAUUUACUCCGGCGGGGGUUGGUUAUGGUAAUAUUAAUGAGGACACAAUUGAGAAGGCCAAGAAGAAGAAGGUGUCGAAAGCGGAGAAGAAGAGGGUGGCUAGGGAGGCUCAGAAAGAGAAAGAAGAGGUUACAGUGUGUGCUCGGUGUCAUUCACUGAGGAAUUAUGGGCAGGUGAAAAACCAAACGGCUGAAAACUUGAUACCGGAUUUUGAUUUUGAUAGGCUGAUCGCUACCCGGUUGGUGAAACCCGCUGGGAAUGCAAAUGCUACUGUCGUGGUUAUGGUUGUUGAUUGUGUUGAUUUUGAUGGCUCUUUCCCAAAACGGGCAGCAAAAUCGUUGUUUAAGGCAUUGGAAAGAGCCAGAGAUGACCUGAAGCUUAGCAAAAGGUUACCAAAGCUUGUUCUUGUGGCUACAAAGGUUGAUCUUCUGCCAUCGCAAAUUUCACCUGCUAGGUUAGAUAGAUGGGUUCGCCAUCAUGCUAAGGCUGGAGGAGCACCCAAGCUAAGCGGGGUUUAUUUGGUUAGUUCCCAGAAGGAUUUGGGUGUGAAGAAUCUGUUGUCCUUCAUCAAGGAAUUGGCUGGUCCUCGAGGGAAUGUGUGGGUAAUUGGGGCUCAGAAUGCUGGCAAGUCUACUCUAAUCAAUGCAUUUGCAAAGAAAGAAGGGGCAAAAGUUACAAAGCUCACGGAAGCCCCAGUUCCUGGAACAACUCUUGGCAUUUUGAGAAUUGGAGGGAUUUUGUCAGCCAAGGCUAAGAUGUUUGACACUCCUGGACUUCUACAUCCUUAUUUAAUGUCCAUGCGAUUGAACAGGGAUGAGCAGAAGAUGGUGGAAAUACGGAAGGAGCUACGGCCUCGGAGUUAUAGGAUCAAGGCUGGGCAGGCCAUUCAUGUUGGUGGUCUUAUGAGGCUUGAUCUUAGUCAAGCUUCUGUGGAAACAAUUUAUGUCACAAUUUGGGCUUCUCCAAAUGUUUCUCUACACUUGGGAAAGAUAGAAAAUGCUGAUGAGAUUUGGAGAAACCAUGUUGGUGUUAGGUUACAGCCUCCCAUUGGCACAGAACGUGCUUCUGAAUUAGGCAAAUGGGAAGAGAGGGAAGUGAAAGUGUCUGGAACAAGCUGGGAUGUGAAUAGCAUUGACAUUGCAGUGGCUGGUUUAGGUUGGUUCUCUUUAGGUCUCAAAGGUGAAGCAACCUUGACAUUGUGGACAUAUGAUGGCAUUGAAGUAACAUUAAGAGAACCUUUGGUUCUCGACCGAGCGCCAUUUAUUGAGAGACCUGGGUUUUGGUUACCAAAGGCCAUAUCUGUUGCUCUUGGCACCCAAACUAAAGUUGAAGCUCAAAGAAAGAAAAAGCUUCAGGAGGUGAGUACAGAUUUCCUUUCUGAUGUGUCCGUUUGAAGAGAGAAUACAAGAAGAGAAAAAGCCACGACCAGUUUGUUACUUUUCCAUUCAGAUUCAGUAGCAUGAUUGAGCUUGAGGCUGUUAAAAGCUAGCCUAGGUAUUGAUUAGAAAGAAAAAAAAAAAAAAAAGGUUCAUUUCUUCAUGUUAUAUAUAAAGCAUCCAGAUUUUUGGCAGAUGGGUGCAAGUAAAGGAUUUAACUUUCCUAUAUUAAGAGUAGUAAUCUAAAUCAUUGCUGCUGUUAAACUGAUGGAUAAAUGACAUCAAGGGAAGGAAGGGAGUGUGUAAUUAGUGUUGGAUGAGAUGCUAAUCUUUGUAAAUUUAACAUGAAUGAUUGCAAUGCCAGUGUAUAUUAGAUAUUUGAUUAAAUGGUUUUUCUCAUUAGAAAAACUCACUUGAGUUCAUUU